UCCGGCACGGGCUCCACGGCCAAGGGCGGCAGGGGCCAGCCCGCUGGGUCCCCGCCGCGCUCUUUGUCCUGGCCGCGCGCGGGCGGACGCGUGCGCCCCCCGGGUGAAGGGAGGCGCGGAGAGAGCGCGCGGGAGCGCGCAGGAAGAGCUCGCGCCCGCCGGGCGUCGGGGGCGCGCGUCCCUCCGCCAGCGGCGUGCGAGCGGGCCGGGCGGGCGGCCGAGUUUUCCAAGAAAUAACUUCACCAAGAUGUCCAGUGAUAGGCAAAGGUCCGAUGAUGAGAGCCCCAGCACCAGCAGUGGUAGUUCAGAUGCGGACCAGCGAGACCCAGCCGCUCCAGAGCCUGAAGAACAAGAAGAAAGAAAACCUUCUGCCACCCAGCAGAAGAAAAACACCAAACUCUCUAGCAAAACCACUGCUAAGUUAUCCACUAGUGCUAAAAGAAUUCAGAAGGAGCUAGCUGAAAUAACUCUCGAUCCUCCUCCUAACUGCAGUGCUGGGCCUAAAGGAGAUAACAUUUAUGAAUGGAGAUCGACUAUACUUGGUCCACCAGGUUCUGUAUAUGAAGGUGGUGUGUUUUUUCUGGAUAUCACUUUUUCAUCCGAUUAUCCAUUUAAGCCACCAAAGGUUACUUUCCGCACCAGAAUCUAUCACUGCAACAUCAACAGUCAGGGAGUCAUCUGUCUGGACAUCCUUAAAGACAACUGGAGUCCUGCUUUGACUAUUUCAAAGGUUUUGCUGUCGAUUUGUUCGCUUUUGACAGAUUGCAACCCUGCGGAUCCUCUGGUUGGAAGCAUAGCCACUCAGUAUUUGACCAACAGAGCAGAACAUGACAGGAUAGCCAGACAGUGGACCAAGAGAUACGCCACAUAAUUCACAUAAUUUGUAUGCAGUGUGAAGGAGCAGAGGGCCUCUUCUCACUGUGCUGCAAAUCUUUAUAGCCUUUACAAUACGGACUUCUGUGUAUAUGUUAUACUGAUUCUACUCUCUGCUUUUAUCCUUUGGAGACUGGGAGCCUCCCCAAAAAGGUAAAUGCUAUCAAGAGUAGAACUUUGUAGCUGUAGAUUAGUUAUGUUUAAAACGCCUACUUGCAAGUCUUGCUUCUUUGGGAUAUCAAAAUGUAUUUUGUGAUGUACUAAGGAUACUGGUCCUGAAGUCUACCAAAUAUUAUAGUGCAUUUUAGCCUAAUUCAUUAUCUGUAUGAAGUUAUAAAAGUAGCCGUAGAUGACUAGGAAUUACGUCAUUUGUAUUAAACCCAGAUCUAUUUCUGAGUAUGUGGUUCAUGCUGUUGUGAAAAAUGUUUUACCUUUUACCUUUGUCAGUUUGUAAUGAGAGGAUUUCCUUUUACCCUUUGUAGCUCAGAGAGCACCUGAUGUAUCAUCUCAAACACAAUAAACAUGCUCCUGAAGGCAUA